UAUUACUUAUCUUUCAAGUUUGAUUUAUCCUGUCCACUUAUGAUUUUACUAUCGUGAUAAAAUAUAAACAGCUGUCAAUGUUGAGUGUCCGUCUUCGUGCGAGUAUUUCAUGUUAAUAUGGAUGAGUUUUUUAUCGAGUGUGUUAGACAAUAUCCUUGUCUUUGGGAUGCAAAACUGCCUUCUUACAAACGCUUAGACGUAAAAGAUGCUGCUUGGAAAGAUAUUAUGAUGAAAAAAAAUACAGAAUCAGUUACACAAGCAAAGACAAAAUGGAAGGGUUUGCGAGACACGCACCGUGAAAAGUUAAAGAAAAUUAAUAAAACGAAAAGUGGACAGGCAUCGAAAAACGUAAAGCCAUGGAAGUACAUGAGCCACAUGGAAUUUUUACUUCCAUAUAUGACAAAUACAGAGAGAGAAACAAAUGUUUCACCACCGCGUGAUUUGUCAACAAAUUUGGAGGAUGCAAUGUCUAGUGCAGAAUAUACACAGUCAGAAGUUAGUAUUAACUCAGAUUCGAUGCCGGCCCCCAAAAAAAAGAAGGAUGAUAUAAUGAAUGACGACGAUGAAGAAGCGUUGCUAAAAUUAUUAAAAGACAUGGAUGAUAAUCGCGAAAAGAGAACUGCACAGAGGGAGGAGUUACGCAAAGAACUACUUACUACUGGCGAUCCGUUAAAAAGUUUUUUUGAUACGAUGUACCUAAGUACAAAGCAGAUGCCAGAGUUUUAUCAAAGGUCUAUUAAAAAAAAGCUAUUUCAAAUGGUCACGGAAGCUGAAGAUGAUAUAGCUAAUUUAUCGUUCUCUGGUUAUUGCUCAAACAAUUAUGAUUACAACUCACGCCAAUCACGCCCUUAUACUAAUCAGGCAUAUCAUUCUUCUGGACACGGUUCUACUUACUCACCUGAACCUAGCAGGUCUAGUUUGCAACAAACUGACUCAAGAGAAGAUACUACUCCUGCCCCAAAGAAUACAGCUCAAGAUUCAAUGGGUGUUACUGCAAGUGCUGGUACAAGUAAUAACUAAAUAUACUUAACUAUAUUUCUCCA